CGUCUCCUGCUCUCCGUACUUCCUCGUCACGUUGCCAUGGAGAUGAAAGCUGACAUUAACGCCAAACAGGAGGAUAUGAUGUUUCAUAAGAUCUACAUCCAGAAGCAUGACAAUGUCAGCAUUCUCUUUGCGGACAUAGAGGGUUUCACCAGUCUGGCCUCCCAGUGCACAGCUCAGGAGCUGGUCAUGACGCUGAAUGAGCUUUUUGCCAGAUUUGAUAAGCUUGCAGCUGAGAAUCACUGUUUACGUAUAAAAAUCCUGGGCGAUUGUUAUUACUGUGUGUCUGGGCUGCCAGAAGCAAGAACUGACCAUGCACAUUGCUGUGUUGAAAUGGGGAUGGAUAUGAUAGAGGCAAUCUCAUUGGUCCGGGAGGUGACAGGAGUCAAUGUGAAUAUGAGGGUUGGGAUCCACAGUGGGAGAGUUCACUGUGGGGUCUUGGGCCUCCGGAAAUGGCAAUUUGAUGUGUGGUCUAAUGAUGUCACACUAGCCAAUCACAUGGAAGCAGGAGGCAAAGCCGGGCGAAUCCAUAUAACAAAAGCAACUUUGAAUUAUCUCAAUGGAGACUACGAGGUGGAGCUGGGUUUUGGAGGGGAACGCAAUGCUUACCUCAAGGAGCAUAGUAUCGAGACCUUCCUGAUUGUACGGUGCAGCCAGAAACGGAAAGAUGAGAAAGCGACGAUUGCCAAGAUGAACCGACAGCGCGCGAAUUCCAUCAGUCACAACCCACCACACUGGGGAGUAGAUCGCUCGUUUUACAACCAUCUCGGUACUCAUCAAGUUUCCAAGGAGAUGAAGAGAAUGGGUUUUGAAGAUCCCAAGGACAAGAAUACCCAAGAAAGCAUGAACCCCGAAGAUGAGGUGGAUGAGUUUCUGGGCCGUGCAAUUGAUGCCAGAAGUAUUGAUCGGUUACGCUCUGAGCACGUGCGCAAAUUCCUCCUAACAUUCAGGGAGCCUGACUUAGAGAAGAAGUAUUCCAAGCAGGUGGAUGACAGAUUCGGAGCCUAUGUGGCUUGUGCCUCCUUAGUCUUCCUCUUCAUCUGCUUUGUUCAGAUCACAAUCGUGCCACACUCUGCGUUUAUGCUGGGUUUUUACCUGACCUGUUUUUUGAUCCUGACCACAGUGGUGUUUGUUUCGGUCAUUUAUUCCUGUGUAAAGCUGUUCCCAGCUCCACUCCAGACUCUCUCAAGGAAGAUUGUUCAGUCCAGGACCAACAGCACCUUAGUCGGGGUCUGUGCCAUUAUUUUGGUAUUUCUGUCAGCGUUCGUCAACAUGUUCACGUGCAACACCGUGGAUCUCAUCAGCUGUGUGGCCACCGAGUACAAUGUCACACCAAACCACGUGAACGUCUGCCUCAUCAGCAACUCAUCUUUCAACUUCAGCCUAGGCACCUUGCAGGGAUUUUGUAACGGCUCCCUGCCCAACUGCAACUUCCCCGAGUAUUUUACCUACAGUGUCUUACUGAGUCUCCUGGCCUGCUCUGUGUUCCUUCAGAUCAGCUGCAUCGGGAAACUGAUCCUCAUGCUAAUCAUUGAAUUUAUCUACGUUCUCAUUGUGGAGGUUCCCGGGGUGAACCUCUUCGACAAUGCCGAUCUUCUGGUCACUGCGAAUGCCUAUGUGUCCUCGAAUGCAACGUCGUCAUGCUCUCCAGCAAUGGUGAGAGUGGCGAUGAAGAUCGUGACCCCGGUCGUCAUAACUGUGUUCGUCUUGGCGUUAUAUCUGCAUGCGCAGCAGGUGGAAUCCACAGCAAGGCUCGACUUCCUGUGGAAACUUCAGGCCACUGAAGAGAAAGAGGAAAUGGAGGAGCUGCAGGCCUACAACAGACGCCUCCUCCACAACAUCUUGCCAAAGGACGUGGCAGCCCAUUUCCUGGCGCAGGAGCGGCGAAACGAUGAGCUCUAUUACCAGUCCUGCGAGUGCGUGGCCGUCAUGUUCGCCUCCAUCAGCAACUUCUCGGAGUUCUACGUGGAGCUGGAGGCCAACAACGAAGGGGUGGAGUGUCUGCGGCUCCUCAAUGAAAUCAUUGCGGACUUUGAUGAAAUAAUAAGUGAGGACCAGUUCCGACAGCUGGAGAAGAUCAAAACCAUUGGCAGUACGUACAUGGCUGCUUCAGGCCUCAAUGACUCCACCUAUGACAAGGUGGGGAAAACGCACAUCAAGGCUCUGGCUGACUUUGCCAUGAGGUUAAUGGACCAAAUGAAGUACAUUAAUGAGCAUUCGUUCAACAACUUUCAGAUGAAAAUAGGUCUCAAUAUUGGCCCGGUGGUAGCUGGGGUGAUAGGAGCACGCAAACCUCAGUACGACAUCUGGGGGAACACGGUGAAUGUAGCCAGCCGAAUGGACAGCACAGGUGUCCCUGACAGGAUUCAGGUAACCACAGACCUGUACCAGGUUUUAGCAGCCAACAACUAUCAGCUGGAAUGCCGAGGGGUCAUUAAGGUGAAAGGGAAAGGAGAAAUGACCACCUAUUUCCUUAAUGAAGGGCCACCAAUCAGUUAGCAGCAGCUGUGACAUGACUUUAAAAAGGGGAUUUGCCGCAAAAUUGAGCACGACUCGCUGAAGAAUCACUUUGUUAGCAGUGGACCUAAAAACACAGGGCAGCUGAUUAUUCUUUUUUUUUUUUUUCACACAAUGACUUGAGAGCGGGAGUUUGCCUGCGCACCAUGCAAGGCAGGAGGAGCAGGAGCAAACGCUGGGGACGCGGAAGCGCUGAACUGACCAAAGAAGGACUGCACGGAUGAGACAGGAAUUCAAGAUUGUGAAAUGAGGCUGCUACGCAGGACAUGAGAAGAUAUUUAAGUAUUUAUUGACACUACACAGAAUUGUACUUGGUUGGAGGAAUGUAUGAUUCACUACAAAGCAUUAUUUUGGAAAGGUUUUGCACCCCACCCAUUUCCAUCCCAUACUGUCAGCUAUUUGAAGUGUACUGGUCUUUUAUUAGCUGUUUUGAAUGGGCUUUUCAAACGACACGUGAUACCCACUGUCGCUACACACAAAAGGCCAUUUCGAACGGCGUCGGUAGUGUUCUUGGUUUGAAAAGAGACCUCAUCGUCUAGCAACUGUCCCUCCGUCCUCUUUCGUGGCUUAGAGACGUCACCAAAAGGAAGGGGAAGCUCGAGAUGAGGAAACGUGGCUCUAUUGACCUGUUUAUGAAAUCAAAAAGUCUUCUGAGCUCUUCUUCGGUUUAUAUCAAUUUACAUAAGAAAGACUAAGAGGUAAACGAGAGACGGUUUGGCGCGGCGGGGAGGGAACCCUGAUACCUGUCCUUUCUUUUGUAUCCUUUAUUUUGUAAUAUUGAAAACACGGAGAUCUAACAGAUAUACCAAAUGCUAUAUUUUGUAAAUUAUAUAUAUUAGGCUGUCCACACCAGGGUGUGUUGGGAUGUGUAAAUAACGUGUAGAAACGUAUAACAUUAUUUGCUGAACACAGACUUGGCAGUUUUCAGAUUAGUAGUAUACAAUCAAACAGCGGCGGAUGAGGUUCCAGGCUGACUCGGAAGCAUUUUUGAGAGAAAAUUAAGAAAAACCUACAACCCUAAUGAAGAGGAAAAUAUCCAAGUACAAUAAACAAUACAGAUCCUUGUUCAGUGCAGCAUUCAUGAUGAAGUUGGGGCGAAAGAGUGCAGUGAUUGGAAAUAAAGUGCAUGAUAAGUGCCAGUCAGGAGUGGUAGGAAGUCUUGACGCAAAGGAACAAAAAUCAGAUCAUUUUAACUUUUUCUUCUAUUUUUUUGUCAUAGCAGCUAUUAACAGGCUCCUGUCAAGGGGUGGCUAAAAGACUGCAACUGCCAUUGGACAUCAGAGACUGUGUACUGCAUUGCUGGGUUGACUACCUUGUAGUAGACACUUAAUUGAAUUGGUGACUUAUGUUUAUUUUCAAUUUUAAGAGUUGAGGGAUUUUAUCUUUUAGAAAUGAGAUUAUAAUGGAUAAUUUGUGUGUGGAUUCAGGAGACCUUUAAAUAUAGUGACACAGAUAUUGUGUUCGACAUCCCCCUGUCAUAAGAGGGGUAUAUGAAUAAUCAUUGUUAUGAUUUAUGUACCUUUUUUAACUAUUAAAAGAAAAAAACCCUGGCUAUUUUAUUAAAAAAAAGGAGAAAAGCACUUAAAAAACUGUAUUUUUUAUAUUCUACUAGGGGAGAGUUUUGAUAUUGAAUUUGGCUCUCACUAAAAUGACACAAAUGUUUUGACACUGAAUAAAGUUCUUUUCAACUCUUCUCAGGGGAAAAUUAUUGUAGUACUAACAACUUAAUGAUUGCACUAUGGUGGUGAUUUAUAAAGUAGGGACUUCAUCUUAUUUUUCCUACUUUACAUCAAGAAUAGGUUCAAAUCCAUGAGCCUGUCCCUAAUUAAUUUGCCAUUUUGCUCAGCGUGUAGCAUCAAGCCAUUUAAACUUGAGCUUAAAUGGCACCUCCCUGUUCCUUCCCCUUCCACUAGGAAACAUUCUUGAAAAGUAUAGUAUAUCGACUCCUGUAAAACUGCCAAGUCUGCCCUUGUACUAUACUUUUGCUCCUUUACGUUCUUUCUGAUUUGCAAAAUACUUUUAAUUCCAUUGCACUAUUAUGCCUUCCUUCCCCUCCCACCCUCCCGUCACUCACCGAGUUUCAUUAACUUCACUACCUACAUUCAUUUUAGGUUUGCUUUCUACUUUACAAAGUCUGUAUUUUGAUCGGUUCGCUGAUCCACUUUUAUGCAGCUGUGUUUGAUAUUUCAAGUCCCAAGUAUCUCUGGCUGUGGUUGUUGACAGUGUGUCAUGAUCAUUUCAAGGGGUAUACAUACACUCGAUUCUGGAUCUUGCAAAAAUUGAAACAGUUAUGAUUUCCCAUGGAAAUUGAAAUCUAUUUAAGUAAUUUAACUACAUUAAACACUGUUUCACUGGUA